GACAAAGUAGCAAUCAACAGGAAAACUAUACGCGAAAUAAUUGACGUUCCGGUUGUAUCUUGGAUAUUUCAACCUGGCUCGAGACAGAAUAUACGCGAGUGACAUCUACGAUUAGAAUCGUAACAAGGUGAAGAGGUACUUAGAAAUUUUGGGUGUCGAUAUCUUGGAUGAAUUAAAAAAAAAGUCAGGCAAAAAUGUCCGGAAUCACAGCUCUGGCACGCCGGCUACAAAGUUUGACUACAGAUGCAAGACCGGAUCCACCAAGAAUUAACGCAGAAGUAAAUUUAAAUGUGCCACCUACAGAGAAUAAACAAAAAUCAGUACCAGCAACUGCCAAAUCUGAUGAAACGAGAAACAGUAAACCAGAAAUUCAGAGACAGAGAUCUGACAAUGAAUCGAAUACAUCGAUACCUCGACCUGAGCUUCUUAAUCCAGAAAACUCUAGUUCUGCUGGAAACUUCAAAUCAGAAGCAAGAUCUAGGAGUCCUCGAGGCUAUGCCAAAUCGAAACGCAAAACAUCACCAAAUGCAAAUGUUGUGAAUUAUAAUAUAAUUAAUGGAACUGGGAUCAACAUUGGUCCAAAGGUGAUUUAUGUUUCGAAGGUAACUCAUCAGUAUGGGGAAAAUAGUAAAACAAAUGCUGAAGGGUUUCCUCAAAAACCAAAGGUUAAACCAAUGCCACAUGAUGUCAUGGAAAUUAGUAAGAGUAAAAAAGAAAUCAGCAGAGACGAUAUAUUUGUAAUAAAAACACAUAUUGGAUACGGGUGGCGUGAUGUAGCAAGAAAAUUAGGCUAUUCAGAGGGGCAAGUUGAGCAAUUUGAAGAAAAUUAUAAAGACAAAGGCAUUGCCGAGGUCGUCUAUAAACUACUUCUUGACUGGAAACAAGCGAAAGCAGAAGAUGCACAGUUAGGUCAAUUGAUUUCUAUCAUUUGGUCAUGUCGAGAGUACGAUUGUGCCGAGCAAUUAGCGGAUUCUUACAACAAGCCUGCUUAACCGAGUUUUUUAUGAUAAAAAUAAUUCCUCACGUCUUUUAUACAGCCUUUUUAUUCGCCUGUAUGUCGAAUGAAAUAUUUUUAUAUGAACAUGAUAAAUGCUAUUGGCAUAUUUGGUUUUGUCAAACAAAUGGCAAAUUAUUUUAUAACAUAUGUUCAACUUUAAUACUAAUUACAUAUAAAAAUAACUAAUGUUUAUAGUGUUAUUAGUACUGCAAUAUAUGCGUCAAUGUUAAAGUCCCAGUCGGGUGUAAAUAUUGUAAUUUUUAUAAAUUCUGAUGCAAAAAGGUAGAAUAAAUUUCGUUAAUGAUUUUUUUUAUCAAAGUGAUACCUGUGCAUCACAAAUAAUUUAAAACAAUUGUGCAAUACUCAAAUUUUGAAAUCGAAGAAAAACUGUUUCCUAAUCAUUGCAGUUAUAUUCUGAGACCUUUCAACUUUCUGCAUUCCAGUCUUGUAUACCAUAGCGUUAUGUUGACAGGAAUAUGUUUACAUAUAUUCUUUAUUGUUGGGUUGAAAUUUGAUAAAUGUACAUAUAAUACAUACGUGUAUGUAAUAA